UGCAGGGAUCUGCGAGAGCCGGAAAGAUGUCUGUUCCCUUGUCCCGCGCCUGCAGUGAGCGGCUAUAUUCAUAAAAAGGAACCUGGAACGGCACUCCCCGGGGCUAAGGUGGUAUCAGUACAUGUCGUGGGGCCAGAGAAGCUAGAGGCCGACGCGGGAUAUCCCGGAUCCCCCGGAGAGGCUGCCACUCUGAUGUCUGAAGAGACAGGCCCUAGGCCCAGGCUGGCUAUGAAGAGUGAUUCCUCGACCCCUGCAGCCCCCCUUAGGGGGCUCGGGGCGCCCCUGAGGAGCAGCGAGCCUGUGUGCGCCGCCCCACCUCCAUCAGCAGCCGUGGUUCUGCUGGAGGAGGCUGCAGACCUCUUGGUGGUGCACCUGGACUUCCGGGGAGCGCUGCAGACCUGUGAACGCGCCUGGCGGAGCUUAGCCAACGAUGAUGCGGGCACCUCCUUGGAGGUGAAAUGCUCCCUGUGUGUUGUGGGGAUCCAGGCCCUGGCAGAAAUGAAUCGGUGGCAGGAAGUCCUGUCCUGGGUUCUUCAGUAUUACCAGGUCCCUGAAAAGCUACCUCCCAAAGUCCUGGAACUAUGUGUUCUUUUAUACAGCAAAAUGCAAGAGCCUGGAGCUGUGCUAGAAGUGGUCAGUGCUUGGCUACAAGACCCCGCCAAUCAGGGCCUUCCAGAAUACAGAGCCUUGGCAGAACUUCACCUGCAGCGGGUGCUGCUGCCUCUGGGCUGCUUGUCAGAGGCUGAGGAGCUCGUGGUGGGCUCUGCAGCCUUCAGUGAGGAAGAGCGGCUGGACGUACUCCAGACCAUGAAUAAGGCAAGGCAACAGCAGAAACACCAACACUCAGGCUCUGAGGAGGCCCAGAAGCUAAACCAGGAAGGCUCCUCCUCCCACAAGUUCCUGUCACUAAUGGUGUUGCUUCGCCGGCUUUGGGAUUCUACAGUGAGCCACUUCUUUUCCAUGCCCUUCAGAAAGAGCCUCCUGGCCGCCUUGAUCCUCUGCCUCUUGGUGGUAAGGUUUGAUCCAGCUUCUCCUUCUUCCUUGCCCUUCCUCUACAAGCUGGCUCAGCUCUUCCAUCGGAUCUAGGAGGCCAUGUUUUCGCUCUACCGGCUUCCUAUCCACGACUGAGUGGUCUUUCCCAUUCCACUCAACCUCUCACUCACCAGGUUGGCUGUGACAGAAGCAGAGUAACUCAUCCAUGGCAGCCCACCUGUUGCUGGCUGGGCCCCCUCAGGAGUGGGGCCAGCCCCAAUUCUAGAAAGACCUGAUCCAGUCUGGUGAACUGUGUUUUGCCACCUGAAUGUUAUCCCCCUUGCACCCCACUUUGGCUGGUAUUGGUAGGUAAUGUGGGAACAAAGUGGGGCCAGAGAGCACAAGUCCUCCAGAAUAAUACUCCCUUAUACCCAGAGGCCCCUUCUAAAGGAGGGGUUUGGGAAAGGAGAGUGUGUCCAUGAAAUACUCCUUCUUCUUGGCAAAGGCAAGGGAUUGAUUUUUCAGGUCAGGGUGUUAAUGAAGCUGGAAGUUCAGAAAACUGAUAGAAUGACCGUUGGCCUUUCACUUCUGUGGAAAACUUACCUCUGAAAAUUGCCUCACAGGGUAGGCCCUUAAUUAGGCAAAGUGAGGAUCUGAGAGGGCCUUUUAAUUCUCCUCUUUAUUCUCCUUUCCACCAAAUCUGUGCAUAGAGAAGUUAUUUAUCAAUACACCAUUCCUGUGGUUUUGCAAUGGGCUUGAAACUGCUUGGGCCCUCUCUUUUCAGACCAGGAUGUGGCUUUCAGAACCACCCAGGUAACUGUUGAAAGCAAAAUAAGGCGGCUCUGCUCUUCUCACUGGGUAAAGUAAUCUUGUUUGGUGCCUCUUGGGCUUCAGCUCAAUUUUGCAGGUUGUCAGUGGCCAAGUCCUGCUCUAUUACACACUCAGUAUUCCUGUGUUCUCUUUCUUCCUGUCAGUUCCUUCUCACUGCCCUGCAAUAGUACUUUUGUACUUUGUCCAAUGGCUGUUUCACCAGGUUCUGCCCUCCAUCCUUGCCUCCUUGGUAUACACCGUUGCUGGUCCCCCUCCCCCUUCUAUGUCCUGUUGUUCUAGCUAUAGUCUAUUGUUUGUAUAAUGUACAGGUUUUUCCGCUCGUGUGGCCUUGAAAAGUAGGCCAGGCUCAGAGGCUGAUGAGCUGAAAAUGGAACUGGGUAAUCAGGUGAGCUGGAAGGGAUGUGUAGAGGGAGUUGGGCAGAGGGGAGAUAUGGGUUUUGAAGGCAAUAAACAAUUCAUUGUUAGGGGGAGGAGGCACUGGGGCCAUAGCAUUUGGGUAUUUGAAAUGUUUCAGUGUUUUCUGUCACUAGCCGCAAGAAUCUUACAUGUUACUGUGCAAGUAAACGUAAAACACUACUAUGCUGUCGGAGUUGUAAAAGGCUUCCCGAAGGGGCUAGCCUUUUUGAGGCUGAAGGCCAAGCAAACUGCCCCCAGCUGGGGUUUCAGGCAGUGUUGAUGCCAGGAAUAGAGGAGGUGCUUAGUAGUUUCCCAGAGGUUGGUUUUCAGGAGUUCCAAGUGAACAAUUCUCUUUAGUGAAGUGGGUAGAAGGAGUAAACCUCACAGGCCCUUGGGAGGUAAGUCCCUAGGGUGUGGUCCACCUCUGUAGGAAACAAAUCUGUGCUUUUACAUAUGGGCUUUUAAAUAGAGUUAAGAACCCUGGGGAGAGGAGAGGAGACAGAUAAGCUUUGAGAUCUGUUAGAAUGAUUUCUCAAAAUGAAAAUCCGGUCCUUCGCUACCCUAGAUAAAACUCUUUAAUGUCUUCCCAUGCCUCGCAUGGCAUUUCUUCUUAAAUUUGUCAUGGAAUUUAAGGCCCCUUAUGCACUGGUCUUGGCUAACACCUCCACUUUGAUACGGGGACUCUGUUCCUCAUGCACGCUGCCCUCCAGCUGCCCAGCCAGUCAGUUUUCUGAACGUUUCAUGCUCCUUCACACCACUGUAACUUUAGCACCUGCUGUUCCCUCUGGAAGGCCCAGCUUCCACUUUUUGCCUGGUUAGCUCCUCGAAUUUCCGGACUUACUCAACGGUUACCUUUGGGAAUCCUGUCCUGACGUCCUCUGCUUCCACCUUUUUGUGGUAGUGACCCCAUGGCCUUAUAAUUGUGAAGUCCUUUGUUACCUCCAGUAACUGUGAGCUCUUUGAAGCUGGGGAAUGUGGCUCAUUGCAGUGUUUAAGAAUCAGGUUUGGGGGGCACCUGUGUGGCUCAGUCGUUAAGCGUCUGCUUUCAGCUCAGGUCAUGAUCCCAGGGUCC